UGAAGGUCUCAUCAGUUGAUACUCCAUUGAUUAGCAUUUUUCUCUUUUUUCCUUUUUUUUUUUCGAUGGGAAUCUGAGUGUCGGUUGCCAAGACGGCAAUGACCCACACCAGGUCCGUUCCGUGUGGAGACCCGUUCAAGCGGGGAAUUCCUUCUUCCAGCCCGGCGAAGUCCGGAUCAAGCACGACGCGCGAAAGCAACAGCCAACGGAUGUGACAUCUGAGGAAGAUAAUAUCCGUAUUGAAAAACUCUGGCAGUCAUGGAUCGGUUUGCGAUCAGGCAAGAUGUGAUCAAGGUGAUGGUUGUGGGCGACUCGAUAUCGCACGGGCGCGAGGGAGACUGGACCUGGCGAUACCGCAUCUGGGAGUGGUUCGAGCAGCAGGAAAUAUCGGUACGCUUUGUCGGCCCGUACGCUGGCACAUCUCCUCCCAAUAAACCCCAGCCACCGCGCCCUCCCCGGCUGAUCGACCAGCCUCCCGAGCCACCACCACCGCUCCGGACCGAUGGGGCCUACGCAGAAGGCGUUGCUCGGCGGUUCUUGGCCAACUCUAACCACUUUGCCGCCGGGGGACGCCAGACUCAUCAGGCCAAGGACAUCAUUUCUGAGCAGGUUGCUGCCCAUCAGCCAGACCUCUGUCUCGUCCAGCUCGGUUUUAACGAUCUGGGCUGGCGUGUGAGCGGGCCCGUCGAGACGCUGGCGAGCAUGAAGCAUCUCGUCGAUCACGCAAGGUCCGCAAAGACAGAUCUGAAGUUUGCUAUAGCCGACGUACCUUACCGGACGGACUUGCCGGGCCGUGGAGACCUUCCUGUCAGCACAAAGAUCUACAACGACAUGCUCGCCCAGUCUAUCCCUUACUGGAGCACUGCAAAGUCGCCUAUUGCGCUUGUCCAGUUCUGCAAGAACUACUCGUGUGGGGGCUCCAACUCCGAGGCUGCGUAUGACGGACUGCAUCCCAAUGCCCUCGGCGAGUAUCAGAUCGCCAGAGCCUUCUCACAGACGCUAGUCUCCGACUUCAACUUCGGCCGCAGCGCGCUUGUGAUUCCAGACAAGAUUCCUCCUCGGCCUCUGUCCACGCCGGCCAACCUCAGAGCAGCCCCGGCGCCCAGCGGCAUCAUCAUCACCUGGGAUUCCGUCUACGGCGCCUUCGGGUAUGACCUUCAGCACCGCCUUGCCGGGGAGGGCGACUGGGAAUCAACCCAUGUAGACUGCAACCGAUACGACCAGCAGUGGCUACAUAAGGGCCAGACUGUUGAGUGCCGCGUCCGCACCAGUGGCGGUGACACCCUCAAAUCUGCUUGGACCCACAUCGCCUCGGCUGUCGCCAAUCCCCAGACUGCGCCAGCCCCUAUUAACAUGGUCACUCACGCCACUUCCACUGGCUUCAGCAUUUCCUGGACCAACCCGCCACCUCCGUACGCUGGCGAUAUUGACCGAUACGGGAUCACCAACUUCGACAGCGAUCAGCCAGGCGCAUUCCUCUGCAAAGUAGGUGUCAGAGGUAACCAGGCAGAGAUCACAGGACUCACUCCCGGGCACCGUUAUUACAUCUCCAUGGAGACAUGGACUACGUUUGGUGGCGGAAUUCCAGCCGCUGCUCGCGCUGUGUUGGUAGGCCGGGGAUCGCCUGCUGUUCCGACAUCUCUGCGCGCCAGGGCCCUUGACGCUCUGGCUGUCGAGCUUGCCUGGCCCGAGGUUCUGGAUGCCGCAGGAUACGAUGUUUGGGUUCGGCGAGAAGGUCCUAUCCAUGGUCGACUUGGCGUACGGCUCUCUCCCACGCUGUGGCCCCUUCCAGAAUCUAUGGUACACGUAUCUGAUGGCACAAUCCCCGGCUGCAAAACGAUGAAGGCCAUUCUUCCUAACAUGGAGCCAUCCGUUUGGGAUUGGGAGUACGCCGUCGAAGCGUAUAACGGAGACGACCGGUCUGGCCUAUCCGAAUGGUUGACUCCGCCUCCUUUAGCUCCCGAGAAGAUGUCCUUGGCAACGACGGACUUGAUACACAUUGAACUCAAACAUGGUUGAGCUCUAUCCAACCUGAACAAAAUAAAAAUAUAAAUGGGUGUAAGGCGCUCGUACUAUCAAGCCAGAACGCCAUCACGUCACAGUUGUCUUCAGCUCGCCAUUCUUCAUGCCAUCCUUAUCCCACUCGAUAAUCCUCUCCUCGCUCGACGUCGGACUCGGCGCCGCACCCCGGACGGUCGCAUGGUGGUGAAACUUGCUGUGACGGAGCGUGGGGCCCAUCUCGUACAGACCGCCGCCCUGCUCGGCAGAUGAACUCUGGCCAAGUCCGGACUUGUUGUUCGGCUGUCCUCGGCGUCCGCCGCUCGCAUACCUGUAGUCCUGCGUCGUGGUAUUGAGCUUGAGCCAGCGGCCGACCAGCGGCUUGAGGGUUGGCGCGCAAGCUGCAACGACACCAACGUUUUGUUGGAG